CCCGCGCGAUAUCGCCGUGCAAUUAUCAUGUCGCUGACGGAAAGCCUGAUAGAAUGUGUAAAAACUCGGCCGAUCUUAUACGAUUUAAAUCAUCCGGAAUAUAAAAAUGUCAGGAAGAAAGAGAACGUGUGGAACGACAUUGGAAGAGAACUGAACCAAAAUGGGGACGACCUAAAGAAGAAAUGGAAGAACAUCAAGGACUGUUACCAGAAAUACCUCAGAACCGUGAAUACCAAAAGCGGCCAAGUUGUCAAACGUAGCUACAAGAACUGGCAGUGGGCGCAACUAAUGGAAUUUUUAAGACCACAAGCCGAAUCGACUAUAAACGAUAUAGAUAAUUGCAAAAACGAAACUGUGCAUUCCCUAAACGAAGACAGCGAGAGCCUCGAAGAAAAUUCCUUACAAGAUAGUACACCUUGCAAUCGGAAUAGUCGGAAGAGAGUGGCAAGGGAAAUUCCAGCCGCUCCAUCUAUGGAUUACCUCCAGUCAAAGAAGCAACAAGUAACUUCGUCCGACGCUACCGAUUUAAUUUUCUUAGGUUACUCGAACACUGUUAAAACUUUCUCGCCCAUGAGGCAAGCCAUUGUGAAAAUGAGGAUCGCGCAGAUCAUAAUGGAAGAGGAACUUAAUAAUUUGGAAGAAACCACGCAAGCGACAGCCUCUAGCAAAUCUUCCCCGGUGCCACAAGAAACUGCUGCUUAUGACAACCAACCCUGCUCUUCAACUACGUUUUCCAUGAAGAUAGAAGAACCUGAACCAUACUAAAGAACUUGUUUCUUAAUUUUGGAACAGGGAAACUUGUGUAAAUUUUUUUCUGUAUUAGGUAUAGUGAAAUUAAAAUAUUUUU